CGGGGAGAGGCGGGGGCGCCGCGGGAAGCGCUGCCUUUCUUCGCUGCGCCCUCCCCUUCGCCGCCUCCCGCCCGGCCCUACCCUUCCCGUCGCUCCCCCGCGCCCGGCGCAGCGCGGCCGCGGCCCCGCGCCGUUCAUGCCCGGCGGCUGCGCGGCCGCCAGCGCUGCGCUCCCGCCUCGGCGCGGCCUCCUGCGGCGCUAGGCCGCGGCGCCGACCCGCUCAGUCUCCUCCUCCGCGGCCGCGGGCCGGGUGCCCCGCCGCUGCCGCCGCCAGGCGAGCGGCAGGAUGAGCCAGCAGCAGGCGGCGAAGAUGUCGGCAGCUCCGCCGGCGCCGGAGGCUCCGGAGCCGGCGCCGGGGAUGCUCGAGGGCCGCCAGAGGAAGCUGGAGUCCCUCAUCCGCGACCCGCGCUCGCCCGUCAACGUGGAGAGCCUGCUGGAUGGCCUGAAUUCCUUGGUCCUUGAUCUGGAUUAUCCAGCGCUGAGGAAAAACAAGAACAUAGAUAAUUUCUUAAAUAGAUAUGAGAAAAUUGUGGAAAAAAUCCGAGCUUUACAAAUGAAAGCUGAAGACUAUGAUGUUGUUAAAGUGAUUGGAAGAGGCGCUUUUGGAGAAGUGCAGCUGGUUCGCCAUAAAAUGACGCAGAAGGUUUAUGCAAUGAAGCUACUUAGUAAAUUUGAAAUGAUCAAGAGAUCAGAUUCAGCCUUUUUCUGGGAAGAAAGAGAUAUCAUGGCCUUCGCCAACAGUCCCUGGGUGGUUCAGCUUUUUUGUGCCUUUCAAGAUGACAAAUACUUGUAUAUGGUAAUGGAAUACAUGCCAGGUGGAGAUCUUGUAAACCUUAUGAGCAAUUACGAUGUGCCUGAGAAAUGGGCCAGGUUCUAUACAGCCGAAGUUGUUCUUGCACUUGAUGCAAUUCACUCCAUGGGCUUGAUACACAGAGAUGUGAAGCCUGAUAAUAUGCUUUUAGAUAAAUAUGGGCAUCUAAAGCUGGCAGAUUUUGGCACUUGCAUGAAAAUGGAUGAAACGGGCAUGGUGCGCUGCGACACAGCGGUGGGAACCCCUGACUACAUAUCGCCCGAGGUGCUGAAGUCCCAAGGCGGGGACGGCUACUACGGGCGGGAAUGUGACUGGUGGUCUGUUGGGGUCUUCCUUUUUGAGAUGCUAGUUGGUGAUACUCCUUUUUAUGCCGACUCAUUAGUAGGAACAUACAGUAAAAUUAUGGAUCACAAGAACUCAUUACAUUUCCCAGAUGAUGUGGAAAUCUCUAAGCAUGCAAAGAAUCUUAUCUGUGCCUUUUUAACUGACAGGGAUGUGCGACUUGGGAGAAAUGGGGUAGAAGAAAUAAAACAUCACCCUUUCUUUAAGAGUGAUCAGUGGAACUGGGAUAACAUUCGAGAGACUGCGGCUCCUGUUGUUCCUGAGCUGAGCAGUGAUAUAGACAGCAGUAAUUUUGAUGACAUUGAGGAUGACAAGGGAGAUGUGGAAACUUUUCCAAUCCCCAAAGCCUUCGUGGGAAACCAGCUGCCUUUUAUAGGAUUUACCUACUAUAGAGACAACUUGUUGCUAAGUGACUCCUCUCAGUCUUGUAGAGAAAAUGAAUCCAUGCAAUCUAGUAAAAAUGAGUUUCAGAAAAAACUAAGCAAGUUAGAAGAACAGCUCAGUAAUGAAAUACAAGCCAAAGAUGAACUAGAACAGAAGUACAGGUCUACUAAUACUCGUUUAGAGAAGAUAGUGAAAGAACUAGAUGAAGAGAUAACUUCAAGGAAGAAUGUAGAGUCUGCAGUGAGACAGUUAGAAAGAGAGAAGGCUCUUCUUCAGCAUAAGAAUACAGAAUACCAGAGAAAAGCCGAACAUGAAGCAGAUAAGAAACGCAAUUUGGAAAAUGAGGUUAACAGUUUGAAGGACCAGCUUGAAGAUUUAAAAAAGAGGAAUCAGAACUCUCAAAUAUCCAAUGAGAAAAUCAAUCAACUACAAAGACAGUUGGAUGAAGCCAAUUCUUUGCUGCGAUCCGAGUCUGAUACUGCAGCCCGGUUAAGAAAGAACCAGACAGAAAGCACGAAGCAAAUCCAGCAGUUGGAAGCUAAUAAUCGAGAACUGCAAGAUAAAAACUGCUUGCUAGAGAAUGCUAAACUUAAACUGGAGAAAGACUUUCUCAAUCUUCAGUCAGCCCUAGAAUCAGAAAGGAGAGAUCGAAGUCAUGGAUCGGAGAUGAUCAGUGAUUUACAAGGUCGAAUAUCUAGCCUAGAAGAAGAAGUAAAAAAUGGAAAGAGUGCAUUAGCCAAACUGGAAAUGGAGAAGAGGCAAUUGCAGGAAAAACUUACAGAUUUAGAAAAGGAAAAAAGCAACAUGGAAAUAGACAUGACAUAUAAAUUCAAAGUCAUGCAGCAGAACCUUGAACAAGAAGAAGCUGAACAUAAAGCUACAAAAGCACGAUUAGCAGACAAAAAUAAGAUCUAUGAAUCUAUUGAAGAAGCAAAAUCUGAAGCCAUGAAAGAAAUGGAGAAGAAGCUUUUGGAAGAGAGAGCUUUAAAACAAAAAGUAGAAAAUCGGUUGUUAGAAGCUGAAAAGCAGCGUUCUAUGCUGGACUGUGAUCUCAAACAAUCACAACAGAAAAUAAAUGAGCUCCUUAAGCAAAAGGAUAAACUAAAUGAAGAUGUAAAAAACCUGACAUUAAAAAUAGAGCAAGAAACACAAAAGCGUUGCCUCACUCAAAAUGACCUCAAGAUGCAAACGCAACAAGUCAACACCUUGAAAAUGUCAGAGAAGCAGCUAAAACAGGAGAAUAACCAUCUUCAGGAAAUCAAAUUAAGCCUGGAAAAACAAAAUAAUGAACUCCGCAAGGAACGUCAAGAUGCAGAUGGACAAAUGAAAGAGCUUCAAGACCAGCUUGAAGCUGAACAGUAUUUCUCAACUCUGUAUAAGACACAAGUUCGAGAACUUAAAGAAGAAUGUGAAGAAAAGGCCAAACUUUGUAAAGAAAUGCAGCAAAAGAUACAAGAGUUACAGGAUGAGAGAGAUUCCUUGGCUGCUCAGCUAGAGAUUACUUUGACGAAAGCUGAUUCAGAACAACUUGCUCGUUCCAUUGCUGAAGAACAGUACUCUGAUUUGGAAAAAGAGAAGAUUAUGAAAGAGCUGGAGAUUAAAGAGAUGAUGGCUAGGCAUAAACAGGAACUUACUGAGAAAGAUGCCACCAUAGCCUCUUUGGAGGAAGCAAACAGGACACUAACUAGUGAUGUGGCUAAUCUUGCUAAUGAGAAAGAAGAACUAAACAAUAAACUGAAAGAAGCGCAAGAACAAAUUACAAAGCUAAAGGAAGAAGAAGCAAAUGUAGGAAAUAUUAAAGCACAAUUUGAGAAACAGUUGUUGAAUGAGAGAACACUGAAAACCCAGGCUGUGAAUAAAUUGGCUGAGAUCAUGAAUCGGAAGGGUCCAGUCAAACGUGGAGCUGACACUGAUGUGCGGCGGAAGGAAAAGGAAAAUAGGAAACUGCACAUGGAACUGAAGUCUGAACGAGAGAAGCUAACCCAAAUGAUGAUCAAAUAUCAGAAGGAGAUCAAUGAAAUGCAGGCACAAAUAGCGGAAGAGAGUCAGAUACGAAUAGAGCUCCAGAUGACUCUAGACAGCAAAGACAGUGACAUUGAACAGCUUCGUUCACAGCUGCAGUCAUUACACAUUGGUCUAGACAACAGUAGCAUAGGCAGUGGACCUGGAGAUGCUGAGGCAGAUGAUGGAUUCCCUGAAUCAAGAUUGGAAGGCUGGCUAUCGCUCCCUGUACGAAAUAACACUAAAAAAUUUGGAUGGGUUAAAAAGUAUGUAAUUGUAAGCAGUAAGAAGAUUCUGUUCUAUGAUAGUGAACAAGAUAAAGAACAAUCUAAUCCAUAUAUGGUAUUAGAUAUAGAUAAACUGUUCCAUGUCCGGCCAGUCACUCAGACCGAUGUGUACAGAGCAGAUUCCAAGGAAAUUCCUAGGAUAUUCCAGAUUCUUUAUGCUAAUGAAGGAGAAAGUAAGAAGGAACAAGAAUUUCCUGUGGAGCCCAUGGGAGAAAAGUCAAAUUAUAUUUGUCACAAAGGACAUGAGUUUAUACCGACUCUGUAUCACUUUCCAACAAAUUGUGAGGCUUGUAUGAAGCCCUUGUGGCAUAUGUUUAAACCUCCCCCUGCUCUAGAAUGUCGCCGUUGCCAUAUCAAAUGUCACAAAGAUCACAUGGAUAAAAAAGAAGAGAUUAUAGCACCUUGCAAAGUGUACUAUGAUAUUUCAACGGCAAAGAACCUACUACUGUUAGCUAAUUCUACAGAAGAGCAGCAAAAAUGGGUGAGCCGACUGGUGAAAAAAAUACCCAAGAAGCCUCCAGCACCAGACCCCUUUGCUCGAUCUUCUCCGAGAACUUCCAUGAAGGUACAGCCAAACCAAUCCAUCAGGCGACCAAGUCGACAGCUUCCUCCAAACAAACCAAGGUGACACAAAAGCUGCUAACUGCUUUCCGUGAAUGCAGACACAAUUCAAGGUGAUAAUUUUCUUCCCAAUAAAGCAAGACUGAAACAUAUCCCAAAAUAUAUUAAAAAUAUAUAUUUUCCUGAGAGAUUGUGCUAUAUAUAUCAGAGGUUUACAUUUUUUGCUGCAAUAUAAAUUACUAAUCUCUGAGGGUUUUCCUGUAUUCCCUUGAGUGACUGAUCAAAUGAGGAAUGGUUGGUAAAUGGUAAAAGGUAACCUUUGAAACUCUGUUCCACAAAAGCUUUCUUGGCAAGACACACACACUACAUUUCACAAAAGGAUUGAGAGGAAUGAAUAUUUAAACUGAAGAAACUGACUUUUCAGCUUUCAUAAAGAUGCCACCAGCAUGUCUGCAGGAAGAACAGGAGAAAGAUCCACCAUAGUGAUAUAGACUGCAUCUGUAAGAAGUGACCAUUAUACUGUGUAUAUAUAUUGUACUGUAAUACUGCAAGAGGGUUUUAAAAAUCUUUCCACUUUAUUUUUUUAUGCUUAUUAAUCAGAUACCAUUACUUAUUGCAGUUGCAACUAUGCACUUGUAUAAAGCCAUAAUGUUGAAGUUUAUAUCAUUCAUACAUGUCUAUCAAAAGCUGCAUGUCAGUGUUCAGCGGCUAGUAUAAGUUUGAAGUAUGUACUAGUUUCAGCUACUUCAUCAUGGGCAGUCCUGUUUUACCUGUCUAAUUGCCUUAAUUUAAUUUUUUUCAAGUUUUUUUGCCCAUUCUCUGUAUUUAAGGAAAAAGAAGGUUUACCAGCUCUUAGGAUGCAAUUUUGCUUUGUGGCAGAAAAAAUAGUGCACUAUUUUUACACCUAGUAAGUAUAUCCAUGUCAGCCUAUUUUGAAUGUAUAUCAACUGGUUUUGAGGGUGGAAAAAUGUUGGUUACAGAAACAAUAUCUGAUAAUAUUGGAAUUACUAGAACAUUUGCUUGUACCUGUAACUGCUCAUCCAGCCCUUUUACAAACCUCAAUAUUAGUUAUUGACUUGUAUUAACCCUCAUUAAGUGCUAUGAAACUUCAUUUUGCCUUGUUUUUGCAUACUGUCCUAGAUGUGUUUUUACUUCUGGAAAAAAAGAAUCUGUGACUAUUUUUGCAUUUCACAACUCAAUAUCCAAGGACUGUCACAAACGUUAAAGAAAACUAAAACAUACUGUAGAUGUACUUUAAAAUUUUAAAUCUGGUUCUCUAGCACAUAGCUGUAGGCAUAGAUAAAUAUUUCAGUAGUGUGUUUUGAGAACUGAUAGCUGGGAAGAAAGGGCCUCAGAGGCACUUAAUCUGACUCUUUUUUUUUACUUGGAGUUGUACAAAAGAUAAUUUAUGUGGGCUCAUUCAUGAUGUAUUCAUAAUUAUCCCAGAAGAUGCAUGUUUUAUACAAUUACAAUAUGCUAUGUUAAACAUAUUGACAGUAAAAAAAAAAUGUAGUCUCCUAUUUGGUCUCUUUUAUAUAUAUAUAUAUGUAUUUAUAUAUAUAUAUAAAAUAUUGUGUGGGAAUGCAGUAAUUUAAAAUAUGAUCUAACACUUCAAUGAAGGAGGACAUUUCACUUUAAAAUUUUGUUUGUUUGUUUUUGUUUUUUAAAGAGUGCUGAAAUGUUUGGAAGGAUAGGACCAUGAUUUAUUUAACACUAUCAUGAAAGGUGGACUUCGAAACACUGAAAUACUGAAAAUGAAUAAAUAUAUUUACAUUUUGUAACCUCUGCUACAGUUCAGUUUAAUAGAGCCAGAAUGUAUUCAGUCUUCUAUUUAUACACUCGCAAAGUAAAAUGUUGCUUGUGAGUUCUUAAAUUCAAAACUAAAACUUUCGUAUCAUUUCUGUUAAGGUAUUAUAACCCAACGCACAGCUAGAGUGUUUUUCCCCUGCUUGUUUUGAUUUACAGAAGUACGGUAUAUUUUUAGGUAAUGCAGAUUUGCAUAGAGUACAACAUUAAAAAUGUAUGCAGUAAAACUGUUUCCAUUCACUGAAUGCAUAAAUAUUUUAUAUAUAAAAAUUUGUUACAUUGUGGGAAGUUCUAUCCUUUUCAGAAUUGGAGAAUAUUAUAUAUAUAUUUUUAAAUAAACUAUUUGAGUAAGGUAAAAUA